AUGGCCGCCGUCUCUGGUCCCUCCACUGCUCGCCACCCCUCGCCGUUCAAGAGGCAUUCAAAGCCCGCCGUCCGGCCCUCUGGCUCGAGCUCGCACCAAGUGGCCGACCCGUACUACGGCCAUGAAGAGACCGCGAAGCUUUGCGCGCGCUUCGUCACGCAUUUGUUUGCGUGUCCGGACCUGCCGCCACUAUCCACCUCCAUCCCUCCCGCCGUCCCACUCCCCCUCGCCAACUUCAUCGCCUACGCCCUCCAUCGAACACGACUGCACACCUCCGUCACGUUCGCCGCCCUCUACCUCCUCCAACGACUAAAAGCCCGCUUCCCCGCCGCGCGAGGGUCGUCAGGUCACCGCUUAUUUAUCUCCGCCUUCAUGAUAGCAAGCAAAGUCAUCUGCGACGACACCUACUCCAAUAAGUCGUGGUCCAUCGUCGGCCAGGGCAUGUUCGCGCUUCGAGAAAUCAACCAGAUGGAGCGCGAAAUGUGCUCCUACCUCGAGUGGCAGCUCAACAUCGAGCCCUCAGCCCUCAAGGAGUUCGAGCACAAGGUCCGGCGCGACUUCAAGGGCUUCGGACCGUAUCCUACGUACGUUCUCCCCUCACCCGCGCCAUCACCAAUGCCCUCCACCACCCCCUACACCGCCCCGUCCGCGCCAGCGCCCGCGUUCGCGAACAAGACGCAGCAGCCACCUUCCACUUCGCCACCGAAGCCCAUCUCCCCUCCCGUUCACGUCCACGCCGGCGCCCCGCCGUACAGCGCGGGCUCCUCGCCCAGCUCGCACCGCGCGCCCGGCACCCCCGACACCCCGGAGUCGUCGAUGUCGACGUCGACGUCCCCCGCGUCGAGCGCGUCCCCUUCGACGCCGCUCGGCUACGAGGACCACAACGUCCGCGUCGCCUCCAGCACGGGUCACGCGCACGCGCCGCACGCGCACUCCGCGAGCAGCGCCGCGAUCGCCGCGCCGGACUCGCCGAGCUACGCGCCGAACCCGCACCCGCAGGUGGUCACGUACCCCUCGGGCCGCAACGUCCCCGCGGUGCUCAAGAAGGCGACCGGCGGCGACAUCUACGCGCGCGCGAACCCCAUCUUGUGGUAG